AUGGUUAUCGAUUUGACCCAGGAUUCUGACUCCGACGACCAGAUACGCUCCCAGCGGAACCGAAAUACUCACUCAAUCAUACCGACAUUUUUCUCCCAUCUAACUCAUCGAACAUCUUCGUCACUAUCUCUGGUCCCUUCCAAGAGAAAGUCGGAGGGGAGCCUCGACUUAAAUCUGGAAAAUGUCCCUCUCAAGAGAAAUUCUUCAUCUGUGGCAUCUGAGCGUCAUCAAAGCCGUAAGCUCAACGGCUAUGGCGUAACAAAGCUCCAGCCUAGUACCCCAAGCCCCAGCCCAGCAACACAGCCUAUCAGUGUGGUUGUCCCUUCUCCUUCUCGCCAGUUAAAGAGGGAAAUAGAGGCCGCAGAAUGGGCGCUGCCCUCUCGUUUGACUCGGCCUUUUAGUCCUGAAGAGACAGGACUCUCCCAAAAAUACUACCCCACUGAUGCACAUGAGAAGCGUGUUCGCAAGGGUAUGUAUCCCGCAGCAAGGAAAGUUAACCGUGAUGCGAUUCCUCUGCCCAUUGCCAAACCUGGCCCCAUCUUGUUGAAAAAGCCAGCGGCCCGUGAUCAGCUCUAUCGCACGUUGGAGCGCAAGCUGUCUAUGAUCAAGGGGCCUCCUGUCACGUUUGCUCCGGGUGAUGGGUUCAAGCUGGCCAAUGUCACGUCUAACUUUGAGUUCGUUAAUAGCUAUAAGGUUCGCAAGGGGGUCUCACCUGCUCCAUCUGAAUUCAUUGGGGGUUGUGGGUGUAGUGAAUACUGUGACCCUAAGACGUGCCUGUGUUCUGAACGGGAGGAUGGCUCCACUAUUAACAUCAUUCCUUACCAACAAGCUAAGGAUCGCCCGGAUAUUCUAGUCCUCACCCCCGAGAUCUUGAAGCGUACGAUAAUGAUUGCUGAAUGUGGUGCGCUAUGUGCCUGCGAUAAGAACUGCUGGAACCGGGUCGUCCAGCGUGGUCGGACCGUGAAAUUGGAAAUUUUCGACACCGGCGUUCGUGGCUUUGGUCUUCGGUCUCCUGAGUACAUCAGAGCAGGCCAAUUCAUCGACUGUUAUCUGGGAGAGGUCAUCACCAAAAAACACGCAGAUGUUCGUGAAGAGAUCGCCCUGAAGAAAGGCCAUUCCUAUCUCUUCGGCCUUGACUUCUCUCCCGAAGUCGAGGAGGACGACAUGUAUGUUGUGGACGGCGAGAGGUUCGGUUCCGCCACUCGCUUCAUGAAUCACUCCUGCAAGCCCAACUGUCGGAUGUUCCCUGUCACGCACACAAUCGGUGACUUACGUUUCUAUGACUUGUCUUUCUUCGCCCUGAAGGACCUCCCGCCCAUGACUGAAUUGACUUUUGAUUAUAACCCCGGCGGAGAACGAAGCAAACAAGUCGACCCCAAUGCCGUCCCCUGUCUGUGUGGAGAAGACAAUUGUCGCGGCCAGCUCUGGCCGAAUCAGCGAAAGGGCACUAAGUAG